AUGUCUCAGACACCCGAAGCUGUAGCAUUCUUGUCUCACGUCGCCCAGCUGCCCAAAGGUCCUGGUGCGUUCGACGCACUGUCGGAUGUGCUGCAAGCCUCGAUCGACGAUGAAGCGGCCCUGCGCAAGUUGUUCGCAACAGAUAAGACGAACCCCCGACUGAACGAUCCACACGUCGGCCUGGUCGACGUCUUCGAUGCGCCGACGGAUAUUCGUACGACUCGGGCUCGAGUGGUGAAGAGCGAGAGCGACCUGUCAGCUAAGUUCAUCCUGCCUCUCUCAGAGGACCGUCGUCGUCAGGAAGGCGCGCCGGCGAUGGUGCAGACGUUCGACGAGUUCAAGCAGACCUGGGCGUUGUUCACAGAAGGAUCGCUGUCGCAGCUGAUAGACUGGAACAAUGUCGUGGCGGCGGGCGGUGCAGUGCAAGCGUGUUUGAAUCCUGUCCCUGCGUCCGCCAAGGUAUCGAAGAGAGCGUUGCAUAAGUACUUUCAUGACACCGCGUAUCCGACGUCGGACGUUGACCUUUUCCUAUAUGGGAUGACGACGGAAGAAGCUGAGAAGAAGAUCCAGGUGAUCUAUGAGGCCGUGCGCGACUCUGUGCCGUGGGACGUGACGUGUGUGCGCUCGAGGCAUACUGUGUCUAUCCACUCGCAAUACCCGUAUCGGGCUGUGCAGGUUGUCCUGCGUCUGUACAGGUCUCCGGCAGAGAUCCUUGCUGGGUUCGACGUAGAUGCGCCGUGCUGUGCGUACGAUGGGAGGCGUGUGUGGGCAAACCCCCGUGCGAUUGUGGCGAUGAUGCGACAGUGCAACACGGUGGACAUGACACGUCGGUCUCCGUCGUAUGAGGUGCGACUGGCCAAGUACUCCUCUCGCGACUUUGAGGUUUAUGUGCCUACUCUUCGGCGCGACGACGUGGAUCCGAUGAUCUUCGAGCGAGCGAUUUCGCGGAUUCGGGGACUCGGGCGUCUGCUUGUGCUUGAGAAGAUUAGGAAUGGGAUUGUUCGCGACAAGUAUAUCAAUGCUCGGCGUGCUCUCGGUGGACGCCCAAAUGCUCUACCUGAGCGGAGGAAGCAGAGUCAGAGGUAUAAAAGCGAUCUGAAGACGGACCUCAUCGGGCUUGAGAUGAAUGACUAUGACUCUGGGGUAUCGCACAUACCGUAUGGGCCCGGGUGGGACGCCAGGCGGAUCGAAGGGUUAGUGUACCAAACGGUGUGUAUUCUGCUUCCACCGAUCAAAUUAAACUACAAGGGGCGUCGGUUGCAUCGUCAUCCAGCUUUCUUCGGGACAACGUCAGAAUGUUUAGAGGAUUGUUGUGAGAAUUGUCCUGAGCCUGAGAACGACGAGGAGAGGCAAGUGCAAGCGAAGGAGGACGAUACAUAUGUCCGCGGUCGUGUCCAGUUCAUCGAAGAAGACCCUGGACGGCAGAGUAUUUCUGGUAGUUUCAAUCCCAUCGACGUCAGAGAGUGGGCCGAGCAAGCAUACAUUGGGACGACCGUAAGGUUCUUCAAAGCCAUCGCAUCUGGCGACAGACAGGCAGUUGCGACUAGGGUGCAGGAAGACGCUAAACAUCUUGACCGCCGCGACCAUGUCGGCCGGACGCCAUUGCAAGUAGCAGUGCUGUCGCGAGCAGUGGACAUUGCGUGUGAUCUGAUUGAGGCGGGUGCUCGACUGACACCACGGAUCGCUGGUGGGCGGACGGCGCUGCAUCUUGCAGCACGGCUGAAUCUGGCCGACGUUGGACGGAAGAUGCUAGAGCGAAGCGCGAUCAAUGCUGAGAAGGCGGAGGCCUCGAAGUCUACUGCGCCGCAGAUGGCUGGAGGCGAGACACGUACGGUGAAAGCGAAUGGCGGCGAUGAACACAAAGAGGGCGGAGAGGGCGAUGACCGCCACGACGAGAGCGAUGAGGGAUGGGUGGUCGAGGGCCGAGGCCAGGAUGUCAAGGUCGUCAAGGCUGUCAUUAGCGUUGAUGAAGUACAGACUAUAGACGAUAUGGACAACGAAGGCAAGUCAGACAUUCUGGACGUCAAUGCCGCGGACUGGGACUUCGUCUUCACGCCCAUGCAGUAUGCGAUUUAUGCGGGAUCUACUGCCGUCGUCGACGUGCUCAUCGCUCAUGGUGCCGACGUCUCCCUUGUGACUGUAGCAAACGGAUGGAACGUGCCUCAAUUUGACCAUCUGACAUUGACCGCCUUGACAAGCAAUGAGCGCAUUGGGUGCGAAAUUGCACCGAAGCUUGUUGCUGCUGGUGCCACGUCCUCGCAGGCGGACGAGAAUCUCAUGACAGUGUUCCACCGAAUUGUCCGCUCUGGCAAGGCUGAUCUCGUGCUGACGCUGCUCCGCUGCGAUCCUAGCGCGAAAGCAGUGUUAAACACGCCCUACGUUGACGAACGGGGGAACGCGGUGUAUCCUGUGGUCUCUGCCAUUGGCCCAGGGCACUACUCUGUACUGGCGGUGCUGCUUGCGUUCGGGGUGAAGCUUGUACCCAGCGAGAGCGAUUAUAACCACUUCAGAACUAUUAGAAAGCCACACUGGUACCCCGAAUACUCCGGAGACUACUUAGCAAGGGCUCGUAUGCCUCUUGAAGCGGCGGCUCGGCGUCGAGACGAUGUUGUAAGCCUACUGAUUGGUGUUGGAGUCGAAGUGAAUGUGCCUCUUGGCAUCACUAAAGGGGCCCAGUCGCAAUACGCGCCUCAUCACACGCUGCUCGAUUGGAUACAGUCUGCAACACACAAGGCAAGGGCGGUACAAAGCAAGCCCUCGGAACCCGACACGGGGGAUGCGUUGCAAGAAGCGGCUCGUUCGCUGAGCGGCCAGUCGGGAUGGAAAGGCAAAGCGGGGAAGGUUAUAUUGGCUAACGUGAAGGCCAGGCUUCCCGUACUUACGGCCUCGUCGAACGCGGACAAGGAACGGAAAGAGCGUGCUGCACGCGAUGCGCAAGAUUAUGCGGACAUGCUGGAAGAGCUUCUUCUGUCGCGAGGGGCGAAGACCGGAUACGAAGGCAAGGAGAAGCCGACGGGAGAGCCUCAGACGCGUAUAUGGCACAACACGGUGUCUAACUUGCCCGAACACCGUCGUCUGGACCCCCAGCUCCGGCAGAUCAGCACGCCUGCUGCAAUGGCUGUGCGAUACGACGAAUUGUAUGAAGCUUGUGCGACGGGAGACAACGACAAGAUCCAGGAGCUGUGUCUUCUUGGAACAGGUAGCAAGACAACUGAGCCUCCACUGCAGAUUGUUGUGCAGUUUGGGACAAACAAUGCCACUCGUACGUCGCGUCCCGUAGCAUGCACGCCGCUUUCCCUAGCGAUUUCCGGUCGUCACUGGGAUACUGCGAAGCUGAUCCUAGCCAUUGCAUCUGCACAACAUGUUGCUCAGCCUAGCAAGGAGACGGCGAGUGAUUUGCUGGGCAGUGCGCCGAGGAUUAGCUUAGAUGACAAUAACGGUGACGAUGACGAGUCAGAUGAAGACGACGAACCAGAGCGUCAAGAAAAGCCCCUCGAUUUUGUUGAGAUUGCCAAGCGAACGUCUGCCGUCCAGUCACAGGCCGGUCCCAAGGAUCUGAUGAAAGCGAUCCUCCACUGGCUCAAGGACGAUGGCACAGUCACUUGCGGCACGGUGUUCACGAGAGCCAUCCAAGACGACGAUUUUGAGGCGUUUAUCCGAAUCGCCGACAUGUGCAACGUUUACCCAGACCUCAUGGAGGACACACUCAUCACUGUCAUCGUGAAUGACCGCCACGAGAUGCUGGACGAGCUCAUUCGUCGGACAGGCACUGGGAUCAAAGUCAGCACCGACGCGGACAAGGCUGAAGGCGACAAGCCCGGCGGGCAGAAGAAGGCGCAGAAAGUAUACCUCGGGCUUACUGUGCACGGUAAGAAGCGCACAGAUUUUGCGCAAAUACCGGGGAAGAGGUCGCGGACGAAGUCGCGGGCGAGGUCGCGCAAACCGGUGAAGCCAGCUCAUAUGCCCCCCCUGUGGCACGCUGCGAGCGCAAAUGCGUGCGGCGUGCUGCGGUAUCUCAAUGGAGACCGCCCACUUGCUGCUUACCGCUACUACGCAUCUACACACAGCGACGAGCGCGCACAGUACCUCCGCCGCACAGCCGAUCUCCCGGCGGUCCUUCCAGAUUGGCUGGGAUGGACUACAAACCCGUUCAAUGAGUCGGCCGUCACGGCAGCUGUGAUUGGCGGCGAGCUCGACGCUGUGCAGACGCUACUCGAGUUGCGCCCAACGCAAAUGACAGAAGCGUUGAAUGCAAAAAUCAUCUUCUCGGGAUUCAACCCUGUCCUUGCUGCUGCAAACUGGGCCGUUACUCCAGAAUUAUUCGACUUCCUGGUCAACAAGGGUAUUCCAGUGACUGAUAUCGACCAUCGAGGAUGGAACAUCUUCCAUCUCCUCGCGGUGCACGCGAGGCAGUCGCAUCUGAAGCUCAUGAAACACGCUAUCAGCACUCUUCCACAGGACGUGGUAGAGAAAAUGUUAAUGCAACAAUCAAGAAACCGUCAGUACACUCCCCUUGCUCUUGCGGUCAAGCGUGAUCUGAUCGACGCCGUCCGCAUACUCGUAGAAGCCAAAGCAUCCCCCUAUCUUCUGCGCGACGUCUACGGCAUGAUCCCGCUUCAUGUAGCCAUCAAAGGAGGGCGUCCCAAGCUCACGCAGCUCCUCAUCGAUGCAGGCCCAGUCGAGGCACUCUACACGGAGGACGGUGUCGGCUCGACGCCGCUCGAGCUCGCAGAGGUCCGCGGGUUGCGCAUCGUUACGCACGAGGGCUUCCCAUUCCGCGUGGCGAUCCCCGGCGCGUGCGACUUCGACGCACACCAGCAGCUGAUGCGCCCGAAUUUCAACCUAGCCAGACAGGAACGCGAGGUCGCCCGGCUGCGCACAAUUGUAGAUGAACUACUCAAAGAGGGCCACCUCACAGCGGGCACGAAGCUCGCCAUAGAGCUGCAGGCGUUUGCAGAUCGCAUGGGCGCGAAGCUCGCGAAGGCGCGGACUGAGGAAGAUGUACAGCAGGAGGUAGAGAACGCUCAGAAUGCGGUGGAGGGCGAGACGAGCCCUGGCAAGCGCACCUCGGAGGUCGAAAACGUGCCAAAUAAUUUAGAGACACUCGAGGUCGUCCGGCGGGCGAUUGUUGCACGCGCAGCAGUGCAUCCACGGCUGCUCGUGCAUGUCCUGGACGUACACAAUUCGGUCAAGAAGAGCCUGGAAGUUUCUGCGAAGCCGACGUGGUAUUAUCAGAUGCAGCAGAACAAGAAUGAGCUGGAGCCGGAGGCGAAGGGCCUGAAGACACAGUUAAAGGAGAACAGCGCCAUGUCGUUCUGGCAGGACCAUAGAGGUGCGCGCAUUGCGCCGUACGCAACGGAGGACGAUAUGCCACAGUAGAGGACUCUUCGUUUUCAUUGUGAAUGUACCAUUGAGGUCUUAUCAAUUGAACAUAAUAUGGCGUUGCGUGCUCAUC